AUGGUCAAGCCAACAUCCAACAAGCUCGGCGCGAAGUCCAAGGUAUCCUCUAAGCCAUCUCCCGCCGCUGCGCCGAAAGGGAAAGGAAAGGCCGCGGCUGCACCACCGGCUCCCAAGGUCGCUCAACCCGCUCCUGCCAGCGAUGAUGAUGUCGAGGAGGAGGAGGAAGAGGAUGACGAGGAAGUGGAUGAAGAUGGGGACGAGUCGGACUGGAGCAGCGAAGAUGAGGAUGAAGACAAUGGAGGCGUGAGCGAGAAGGGGAUGCAGCGGUUGAUGAAGCUCGUCAGUGAGGCGGAUCUGGACGAGGAGGAGAGGGCGAGGUUGAUGCUCGAGGAUGAGGAGGAUAGUGAGGAUGAUGAGGAUGAAGAGGAGGGGAUGAGCGGGAGUGAGGACGAGGAGAUGGACGGCGAGAGCGAAGACGGUGAGGAGGACGAGGAGGACAGCGAGGAUGAGGAAGAUGAGGGCGUGCCAAGGGCUCUGGACAACUCUGUCUUGAUUGACGAAGCCGACCCCGAUGCUCUGGCGAUGGACGACAUUGGAUCCGACGCGUCCCUUGACGAAGACUCGGUACCUAUGCGCAAGCUGAUUAUCAACAACAAGCCGGCACUACGGGCCGUCACCGAGUCUCUGCGCGUCACUUCUCUCGCAUGGCCAGAACACCUCGUCAUGUCAAGCAAGGAGGUCAUCGACGUGGACCACCAGGACGACCUGCAGCGAGAAACAGCCUUCUACAAGAUCGCGCUCGACCAAGUCGCUAUCGCCAAGAAGCGCGCCGCCAAGUUUGAUAUCCCCUUUUCCCGCCCAAAUGACUAUUACGCGGAGAUGGUCAAGUCUGACGAGCACAUGGAGAGGAUCAGGACGAAGCUUGUGGAGGAGUCGCAAGGCAUCAAGAAGUCCGAAGCUGCCAAGAAACAGCGGGAUCUCAAGAAGUACGGCAAACAGAUCCAACAUGAGAAGAUCAAGCAGCGGGAGAUGGACAAGAAGAGCUUUACCGAGAAGAUGCAGGGUGUGAAGCGGAAGCGGAAGGACGGGCAGGACUUGGGUGACGAUGACGAGUUUGGGAUUCAGCUGGAUGAUGAGCCUGAAGAGAGGGAGUCGAGGGGCGGCGCGAGGGGUGGACGAGGUGGGCGGGGCGGACGAGGCGGGAAUGACAAGUCCAAGAUGCCCCGCCACGCCCGGGAUGCCAAAUACUCGCUCGGCGGGGGCGGGAAACGAUCCAAGGAGAAUACAAAAGAAAGCACGAACGAUAUGCCCGGAUGGAGCGCUGGCCGGUCUGGUGGACGAGGCGGGCGCGGGGGAGGUCGAGGGGGUGCGGGCGGACGAGGUGGAGGACGGGGAGGGAGAGGUGGUGGCGGUGGUGGAAGGGGUGGGAGUUCGAGAGGCGGGUCGAGUGGAGGUAGGCCGGGGAAGAGUAGGCGGGAUGCGGGGCGGGUGUAG